ACAUACAGAUCUCAUUUCUAAAAUGACAGCAGUAAACUUUGCUGACUGACAAAAUACAUCUCUUAUAUAUUAUCAUUAAUGCACACAAUAAAUAAUACCGUUUUAAUCAUGUUCUCUUUUUAAUCACAUAUAUCAUUACUAUCUUCAGAUGAAACAAUACAUAUCUUAGUUAUAUCAUCAGAACUAAGAUGCAAGCAGCAACUAAUUAACUGUACUGCACUAAUGACAUAACACCAUCUUUGAUACAAAGUGAAAAAUUUGGUAAAUAUUAAUGAUAAGUACCUAGAUAAUCAAAAAUGUGUACAUGAACAUGGUCUUCAUACAAGACUGAUUGCAUUAUUAAUAACAUUAUUCAGCAGAAACAUGAAACAGUAACUGAUAAGUGAAAAAUGUAUCUGCAGAAUUUUGAAAUGAUAUCUGUAAAUCUGGCAAAUACACAUUAAUUUGUCCUGAAUUGAAUUUUGUUUGAGUAUAGUUUAAAAAUUCUUCACAAAAUACUAGGUGAGAGGCAUUUUAAGAAACAAGUAUAUUUUUACAGGAGAAAGGAAGAUCCUUCCCCAAAACAGUUCUCUUCAGCAAGCUGAAAUGGUGUGGAUAUGGCCAUGAAUUGGCACUUCAAAUAAUGGGCGACGAAGAACUCCACUGUUACACUUCUAAUAGUCAAUACACUGCCAGGCUUGGACAGUAUCAUGCACCGCAAGUUGAUGCACUGAAACAAGAACUGUCUUGUAUAUUCAAGUCUCCCAAUAGCCAUGUAAGGCUACUUUUAGCCCCUGAGGCAUACAGCAUGGGCACUGAUGCACCUGAUAUAAGAAGGGUUAUUCACAUUGGACCACCUUCAACGCUAGAAACUUACUUGCAAGAAACUGGUCGAGCUGGGCGUGAUGGUGAACAUGCAGAGGCAAUAAUGUACAUGAACAAAUCAGACAUAGCUUCAAAUGUCAAACAUCUCUCAAAGGAAAUGAAAGAUUUCUGCACCACUAGCAAAUGCAGAAGACAGACUUUGAUGAAUUAUUUUGAAUUUGAAUGUGUCCAACCAGAACCAGGUCAUCGUUGUUGUGACAAUUGCUCAAAAACAUGUCAGUGUGCUGAAUGUAUUAUACACAAAGUAUUCGAAACUGACUUCCAUCUCUCGACUCAGGAGAGCAAUGAGCAAAUUCCUGCACCCAGGAAAGCUGCUGUUAAAAUGGCUUCACAGUUGUUAACUGAUUAUUUUGAAGCUGAAAAUCAAGUUGCUGAUGUACCGUUUUCAAACUUGCAAACAGGGCUUGAUAAGAAACUGGCCUCCAAAAUAUCAGCUGACUAUAACAGAUUUAGCAAUGUGGACAUUCUUAAGUCAGAGUUCAAAGACAUUGAUCUUGCCUAUUUGGACAAUAUUGCAUGUCUUCUCAAAUAUGUGGUUCAACAUUAUCAUUCCCCAUGAAUAUGCAAUAUGGAUUGUAUACCAUAUACAAUAAAGAUACAAUAGUUUUGAUGACAGUACACAAAAUUGAGAUGGUUAAGGUUAACAAGCGGUCAUCUUAUAAAAAGAGUAUUUAUAAGAUCAGUUAAUUAUAGACAAGGGGAGAUAACUAGGGCUGCACCAAAUGUAUGAAGAAAAUAUGAUACAUGCCACAGGUAUUGAGCCAUGAAUCCAAUAAAAUGUCAUCAGUUGAUGUAUUAUUUAUAGUAUUCAGUGAAAUAAUAACAAAGUAUAUUCUUUGAUGUGUUUUGUCCAUGUUGACACAGUGCUUCUUUUAGAGGCAUUUAGAAGUUGGAACAGUGUGGAAUAUGAAAUAAAAGAUAUGAGUGUUGAUAGUCAUUCUGCUUGGUUGGAUACAUUCCAUUUUCCAUAUCUCAAUUUGAUAAAUCAAACACAAAUUCAAGUUAAAACACUCCUAAAACGUUUCAUGAACAUUUCAACCUUAGUGAUUGCAAAUAGCGAACUGAAUUCAUGAAGGGAGACAGUUCAACAAUCUGAAUAGUCCCGACUGAAAAGUAACAGCCCCAGAGGUAAAUGUUGUCAAGGAGUAUACAGUUAUAGCUUAUAUGAGGCAACAACAGUCAACAAUCAAGCAAACUUGAAACAGUGUCCUGUGAAUAGCAGUAAAUCAGAUACAUCUGAACUACUAUGUAUUACUUCCCAACCUCAUGGAAGAAAUACAUUUUCUUUUCGGAAAACCAUUUCCGGAAGGCAGC